ACACACUAAUGCCGAAAUGCCGGUUUGUCCUCCACACACUCCACCUCUCCCUUCCUGCGGCCCUCCCUGAUCCUUGUGGCUGCCCGUCCGGCCUCCGUCUCGUGGGCCCUGGAGCUGCAUUAGAAGCCUCACAGCAGCGAACCUCCGUCACUCAGGAUGGAGUCCGGACCUCCCAGCCUGCCGCUGCUGCUGCUCCUCACCUGCCUGCUGCACUGCUGGCAGGGUGGCCGAGGACAGCCGUCGUACACCAUAGACACCGUUGACCUCACGAUCCUCCCCAGCGGCGCGGUUCAGAGCGGCACCCCGGUGACCGUGCGCUGCCGCGUCAGAGUCAGCCACGACAACAUCCCCCACCUGCAGCACGACUUCCAGCUCAGGCUGGACGACGUGCCCGUCCACUCCUCCACCACCGAGGACGACUCCAUCGCGUACCAACUGCCCCGGGCGCGGGCCGCCGACUCCGGCAGCUACGAGUGUCGAGUCACCGUCCGGGACAAGAGCAAAGCCAGCUUCGGCAGAAAGCUCCACGUGGCAGGCCUGCAGACCCCCGUUCUGUAUUUGAGCAAUGCUUCACCCUAUGAGAGCGAGGAGUUCACAGCCACCUGCAGUGCGCCGGAGGAGAAGGGACCCCUCGUCUUCAGGUUUUACCAGAUGUCUCUGCCCGGAGACCCGAAGAAGAUAAAGCAGCCGCCCCCCUCUGGGGUCUCAUCGGAGACCACGCUGGUCCUGAGGAGCGUUGGAGACAGCACCCUGUACUGUGACUACGAGGUCAAUCUGGUUUCUGGGGCCAGACGCUCAAACCGCAGCAACGAGAUUCCGGUGAUCGUCAAAGCACUCUACAUCUCCCCGACCAUGAAUGUGCUGCCCUUUUUGGACGUCUUCGAGGGCGACGUAAUGGAGGUGGUCUGUAAAGUGGUGAAUCCACCGAAGAACAUUGAAGUAUUCCUGACGAAGGACAGGAGGGUCCUCAAGAAAGCCCCAGUCAGCCUCAGCCACCUGUUCACUGCUCGCGAAGGCGACUCUGGGACGCUGGUGUGCAAGGCCGAGUGGGGCAACGUGCAGAAGGAAACCAAUAAAACGCUCACAGUCAAAGAGCUGUUUUCAAAGCCACAGCUGACUCUGCAGCCCAAAGACUUAUUCGAGGGGGAUCGCCUCAAAAUGACCUGCUCCGUCUCCAUCUACGCUUCUGAGCGGAUCGGCAACGAAAGCAUGCGGUUCUCCAUCUACAAAGACGGCGCCAAGCUCACCGACGCGCGCACGUACAACACUACGGCGGAACCCCCUACAAACGGCAACUACACCUGCAGGGCCGAGGCUACGUCGCUAUCGUACACCGACGUGGCCAAAGAAAGCCAAGCGCUUGUUGUCAAAGCCAAAGUUCCUGUUUCCGAGCCCGUGCUGAGUGUGGUGGGGGGCACGCUGGUGUUGGGAAAGCGCUUCCAGCUGCUGUGUCGCAGCGACAACGGCACCCUGCCCAUCGACUACACGCUGAGCAGCCCCGGGAGGCCGGCAGAGACCAUCGUGGUGAGCAAGCCCGGGGAGGAGGCCGUCUUUAACUCCUCUGCCAUCCGCCAGACGUCAGACUUAAGCGACUUCCUGUGCCGCGCGGCUAACGGCGAGAACCGGCGCUCCAUGUCGGUGACGGGGCGACGGCUGCAGCGUUUGAGCAUCAUAGAGCCGGUCUCCGUGCCGGUGCUGACGGUGUUCCCCGGCGCGGGAGAUGUCUCCGGGGGGCAGAACGUGACUCUCUCCUGCUCGGUGCAGCGAGGCAGCCUCCCCAUCAGCUUCACCUGGUUCCACACCGAGACGGAGGGCCCCCUCUUCUUCCGGCUCUCCCAGAAGCGGGAGGAGUCCUACAGCAUCAGCAGCAUCAGGAGGGAGCAGGCGGGGGAAUACUACUGUGUGGGCGACAACCCGGCCAACGAGACCAAACGAAGCCUCCGCGUCGUCAUCGGAGUGAAGAUGGCCGGUUGGAAGAAAGGUCUCAUCGCUGUUUUUGUCCUCUGCAUCCUGCUCAUACUGGCGAUGAUCCUGAUCCUCGCCUUAAAAAGACGCCUCCUUCAAUUCAAGAGGAGGAGAACUGGCGAGCUGUCGGUGAAGUCAGCCAGCACCAAGGCGGAGCGGCUGAGCCUCACACAGGCAGAGGUCAACGAGGCCGCCAAUGUCACUCCAGGCAUGAUUGGGAAGAGUGUUUGGAGUGAACAUCCAUCGGGCUCGGACUCCGAAGACCAGAAUAGUGUGACCGCUCCAGAAAAGCCAGCGGAACCUCAAUACGCUGAGGUGCAGAUCCGACAGGCCGAUUCCAACCCAGUCGCGGAGACACCGGAGACGGAGUCCAGCGAGGUGCGGCCCUCCAAGCAAGGCGUUCCAGAGCCGGCCGACGCUCAGGGCUCAGUGGAGUAUGCACAGCUGAAUCAUGAUCCGGAUCCCCACAGUGACCACGGUAACCAUGGUGACCACAGUGUCCAGGAUGACUACAUAGAUGAGAUUGAUAUUGACAGUGUUCACAUCGACACCGUUGACCACGGGAAAUGAAAACACCAAGAAGAAUAUUUAUUCCUUGAUUCAUCCGGCUCGUUGAUGCAGCUGGAGUCUUCGCGUUCUCCUGAAUGACCUUAAAACGGCUCUGAGCAUUUAUGUACUUUUGGUUUUCCUGUAACGCUUCGCGAGGAACCCAUCGCACUGUAGAUUCACUGAUUUUGUCUUUGAAGGGCAAAUAAAAUGUUUUUGUCAAGCGAA